UAUGAGAUUACUUUUCUCUAUUAAAUUUACUAUAAAAAAGUGUUAAGAAAUGUCCUUUGAAACAUACAGAAGAGCAAAUGUCCAUUAGAAUUUAUGACCAAGCUGGUAACAAACAUUAUUACUAUUCUUCAGCAAUUAAGCAAUUACUCUAUUUUAGAGUUGUUCAUUCAUUUGUUUAUUAAUUCACUCAGCAAACAGUUUUAAUAUUGAUAAAGAGAGAGAUAAAAUCAAGAUAAUGUGAUACUAUAAUAGAAAAAAGCCAUCUACCCAUUUUCAGGCAUGCUGGGAAGAUUUGAAGGCGAUUUAACAGUAGCUUAACAAUGCAGACAAUUAACUCUGGAAAGAAACAGGAGCAUAUAUCAAAACAGACAAUGUUACCUCUUUACACAUUCCAGUCACCAGUACUGACCUUUGCAAAUUGAUAAGACUGUAUCUCACAUUAGAUCCAACAUGAAUUUCUGGCUGUGUUCUGCGUGUGGUUUUUCAAAAAAGAAUCUCUAUUUGGAUAUACCUCUUACAGGAAUUCAAAUACAAAACGAGCGCAAGCAAAUACCAAUCCACCCAUUAAGUAAGCUGUUAGGCAGGUAAACCCGGCUUGGAGGAAUGGAUGGUAUCAGUUUCCUCCCAUUGGAUGGUAUGGUCUCUCCUCUUCAUUCUCACAAACCUUUGACCUUUUCCACUGGUCAUGUCCUGAUCCUGCCACUCCGGGUUGUGGAUGUCAUCACAAGCAAUCACCAGCACUCUUGGCAAUAACUUCUCUUUAAAUCUGUAUUGUGUUUGAAGAUGGGGCUAGUAUAGUGGAGCUGAAACUGAGAUGCAUUGAUACCAACCCUAAGAGAACAUGCUCCACUCCAACAGCCUGAUGUUACAUGCUGAAGAUCAGAAGUUCCUAAUCCAUAGGAGGCCUCAGGAGCAGAGUGAAGUCAUCACCUAUAAUGGAUACCCCAGUGAAGAGUAUGAGGUUGUCACUCAAGAUGGGUACAUCCUUAGCAUCAACAGAAUUCCUCACGGGCGAAGAGACACUAGGAGUGCAGGUCCCCGGCCAGUAGUGUACUUACAGCAUGCCCUGUUUAUAGAUAAUUCCUGCUGGCUUAAGAAUUAUGCCAAUGGAAGCCUUGGAUUCAUUCUCGCAGACUCAGGUUACGAUGUCUGGCUGGGGAACAGUCGGGGGAACCUUUGGUCAAGAAAACACAAAACACUGCCACUGACUAAAGAAGAAUACUGGGCCUUUAGUUUUGAUGAAAUGGCCAAAUAUGAUCUCCCGAGCAUAAUAGACUUCAUUGUAAAUAAAACUGGGCAAGAGAAGUUGUAUUAUGUUGGACAUUCACUUGGCACUACAAUAGGGUUUGCAGCCUUUUCCACCAUGCCUGAAGUGGCUCGGAGAAUCAAAAUGAAUUUUGCCUUGAGUCCUGUGGCCUCAUUCAAAUAUACCAAGGGUAUUUUUACCAGUUUUUUUCUACUUCCAAGUUCUUCAAUCAAGAAAUUGUUUGGUACCAAAGGUGUCUUUACAGCAGAUAAGACAGCGAAGACAAUUUUUGUCAAAAUCUGCAACAAUAAAAUAUUACGGGUGAUAUGUCGUGAAGUAAUGGACUUAUGGGCAGGGUUAAUCAGGAACAAUCUGAAUAUGAGUCGGAUGGACGUGUACAUGUCACACUCUCCCACUGGAUCAUCAAUACAGAACAUCCUGCAUAUAAAGCAGCUUUACAGAGCUGAUGAAUUCAGAGCUUAUGAUUGGGGAAGUGAAGCUGAGAACAUGCGUCACUACAAUCAGAGUCGUCCCCCAGUGUAUGACUUGACUGCCAUGACAGUGCCUACUGCUAUUUGGGUUGGUGGAAAUGAUGUCCUUAUAACAAUCAAGGAUGUGGCCAGGAUACUCCCCCAAAUCAGGAAUCUCCAGUACUUCCAGUUUUUGCCAGAUUGGAACCACGUUGAUUUCAUCUGGGGCCUUGAUGCUCCUGCACGGGUGUACAGUACAAUCCUAGACUUGAUGAAGACAUGUUCCUGACUACAAUACACCCACUUUUCCAUUAAAGCUUGCUUUCAACUUCAGGAGGCUUUGGGGAAAAGAAUAAUCAACAGUGAGGUCUACUCCAGCAUCCUCCACAUUGUUGAUGUUGCUAAAUGUUCCCUGGUCAAGGAGUCUCAAGGAAAACAUCCCCCAAUCAAUGGUAUCCCACAGAUUUUCCACUGGUGAUUUGCAUUCUUCAUGAAUAAGGAGGAAGAUCUUUCUCCCUGUCUUGCUGAUUCACCCGCAUACAGAACCAAACAAGAGACAGAAAGGAAAAUUUCUCAAGGCAAGCCUCAUGUAGUGCUAAGCAUGGAGCAGAAUGAUCCCUAAACUUCCCCAUUCUUCCCUAAUGUAAGUAGAUUGGUGUUCUCCCAAACUGUAGUCAUUCACAUUCCUCACUCACCUGUGCCAUGUCUGCAUGACACCUACAAUUCUGAUUAUUUACAAGUCUCAAACUCAAUUUGUUUAUUUAUAUAUAUUUAAAAAAAACAUUUUUGGAGCUACUAUAAAUGGCAGGAAAAGGUACUAUUUACCCCAACUUGAAGGUAAAUAUAAACUGUAACAAUAAAUAGCAGAUAAUUGAUAAUAAAAUUCCUAGAUGCCAUGACUAGUCAAGGCCCCUGAGUUUUAGAACUGCCUUCUUUUUGUUAAACGUGUUCUCUUGAUUUGAAAGGGAGAUUGGCAAGUGCUAGAAACAAAGACAUAAACCAGAGUUCGGCUUUCUCCUUGCGCUCAGGCUAAAAGAAAUUUGACAGUGAGUCUUUGGUGGAAUGUACCAUGGCCCUUCAAAGCUGUUCAUGUCAUAAUUCAAGAAACAAACCCUAACCCUUAUAUGACAAAAGAGACUUUGCAGAUGUGACUAAGUUAUGGAAGUUAAGAAACUUGAGGUGAGAAGUGGCUCAAAGUAAUUACAGGGGUCUUCCCCUAAGAGGGAGGCAGGAAGGUCAAAGUCAGAAAAUAUAACAACGAAACCACAAGAAUCUGGAGUGAUGCACUGACUCAAGGAAUGCAGGCCGCCUCUGGAAUCUGGAAAAGGGGAGGAAACAAAUUCUCCCAGAAGUUUCCAUAAAGAAUGCAGCCCUACACCUUUAUCUUAGAUUUCUGAUCUUCAAAACUGUAAGAGAAUAAACUUAUAUUUUUAAGCCA